GCAGGGCGGUGCAGCAGGUCCGUUCAAAGUCAGUAAAUGUGGGCCAGGCUUCACUCAUCAGCUGCGCAGUCGAGUGUUUGUUGACAUGCGAAGAUACCGGCUUUGUUCAGUUUGCUUUCGACUUCUUGUCGUGAGCGUUUCUGCGUAAUGGCACAACGACGCUGUUCCCUUCAAACUCCAAACUUUCUUUUGCAUGGAGCUUGACCUACAUCGCUUUUAUUCGUUUCCGGACACGAAGGAUGAAAUGAUGAUUAGUCCUUCAGUGCGCACUUUGUUAUUUAAGUUUUGUUGUUGGUGAGGCUUGCUGUUGAGCUCAGGCACUGAUCAUGGUUGGAGGGAGAGCGGCUGAUUUGGCGCCCACAGCUGCUGUUAAAAUCUUCUCAGCUGGAACAGCAGGCUGCGUGGCGGACCUGGUCACCUUCCCACUGGACACCGCCAAAGUCCGGCUGCAGGUGCAAGGUGAAUCCAAGCCCUUACUGAAAGGCCAGAGGGCGGAAUACCGAGGUGUGUUUGGCACCAUCUUCACCAUGGUGAAGACAGAGGGGCCGAGGAGUCUGUACAGCGGGCUGGUGGCAGGACUGCACAGACAGAUGAGCUUCGCCUCAGUCCGCAUCGGCAUGUAUGACACCAUGAAGCAGCUCUACACCCGAGGCUCAGGAAAUGCUGGACUAGGGACUCGACUGCUGGCAGGUUCCACCACAGGAGCGAUGGCUGUGGCUUUUGCUCAGCCCACUGACGUGGUGAAAGUCAGGUUCCAGGCUCAGGCCCGGCGGCCUGAGAGCGGCUCUGUCAAGAGAUACAGCAGCACGAUUGAUGCCUACAGGACCAUUGCCAGGGACGAAGGUUUUAAAGGCCUCUGGAAAGGUUGUCUUCCAAAUAUAACUCGUAACGCCAUCGUAAACUGCUCUGAGCUUGUGACCUAUGACAUAAUGAAAGAGCUCAUCUUGGAGUAUAACCUGAUGACAGACAACAUGCCGUGCCACUUCACCGCAGCAUUUGCAGCCGGUUUCUGCACCACGAUUGUAGCAUCCCCUGUGGAUGUGAUAAAGACACGCUUCAUGAACUCAGUGCCUGGCCAGUACAGCGGUGCUGUUAACUGUGCUAUAACCAUGCUGAUUAAAGAAGGACCAACAGCUUUCUACAAGGGCUUUGUGCCUUCAUUCCUUCGCCUGGGUUCCUGGAACAUUGUGAUGUUUGUGAGCUACGAGCAGAUAAAGAGAGCCGUGAUGAGGUUUCAGCAGUCCUGAAAAUCUUUGCUCGGACCUGUUUGCCUGUUGGUUUGAUACUGAAGCUAUGCAGCCAUUGUAGCACAGUUAUUGUUGUUGGUUUAGACCUUUUCAUCCUCAAGAAUA